AUGCCGACAAGUUCGACUCAGGAUAACCAGCCAUCCCCUUUGGCUCUGUUGGCAGCUACUUGCAGUAAAAUCGGAGCACCCCAAGAAGACGGAAUAAAUAACCAGUCUAAUACAACACAAGUAAGAAUAAUUGGCCAGAACCCGGUUUCAAGUCAAAGCGAGAUCGUGGCAACUCAAAAUUGGGUCCAAGUGCCUGGUGUUGUUGACUCUUCAAAGCCAACUGCUCCGGCCACAGCGUUGACCACUGCUCCGAUAAUCGCCCAACAGACUCCUCAAUUGAUUGCUUCCACCGGUCCGGGUGGAAACAUUACUUAUAAUGUUAUACCUCCUUUCCAGACGUUCUCUUUGGAGGGACAAGAGGCCAUCUUCAUCCCCGCUAACGCUUCUAAUGCAAAUGGAGGUCAAGCGCUUAUUGCGGGAAAUCAAGCCAUCUUAACCCCUACCGGACAAAUCGUCCGUGCUACGCCAAGCAUCCCCGGGGCAAAUAUAAUCCCUAACAAUGUCGGAUUUAUGGGGAACGUACUCAAUCUUACCGGAAAUAUGGUUAAUUUGGCCGGAAUGCAAAACAUGUCCAUUCGCCAACCCCUCGUGCAGACGGUUCAAUUACCUUUGUCCCAACUUCAGCAGAUACCAAAUGUAAUCCAGAUUCCUGUAUCGAGUGGGGCGGGACAGACGACGUACCAGGCGGUGCAACUUCCUAUCCAAACUUUCUCCACUCCCACAAUACAAAGCAGUAACCUCGGAUCUCAGGGCGCCAUGCCUGCUGCUGCAACCACUCCUGCUCUUCAAUCGUCGGCGAUAACAACUAACCAAAACCAGAUGGCUAACGAUGCCAUUCCAACCACCCAGGUGCUUGAAAUUGCUACACCACCAGAGAUAAACGUCAAGUCAGAGAUAAAGAGCAACUCCAACACUCCACCACCACUGGUUACCACAGCAACAGAUGUCACACCUCCAUCAGUAAACAGUAUCCAACAAUUACAGCAACAACAACAGCAACAGCAGCAGCAGCAGCAGCAACAACAACAGUCACAGCAGCCAUCACAGCAACAACAAUCGGGAGUGACCAGCAGCCAGUCGGGGUCAUCGUCCAUUGCAACUACAGUCGCCUCACCUGUAGCCACCAACAAUGCUCCUUAUCCCACUCAAGCAGCUCUCCAAAUCCCCACUAUUAUCUCCCUUGCACCAGCCCCGGGUGCCCAAGGAAUGCCCACAUCAGGUAGUCAGAACAUCCUGUCACUUGCUAUUCCACAGAAUGCAAUUAGUGUAUCUGGAGCACCAACCAUUACAUCUGCUGCAAAUCAAGGCAGUAUGGUGUCCAGUAUAAUCACCCCUCAACAGUUAAUCCAAAAUGCAGCCAACAUUCAAAUAGCAGCAGCAACUGCAGGGCAAAAUCAGGUGAUCCAAGGCAAUCCAUGGAUUCCUACCCUGAAUAUAGCUAAUAUCCGGCCAACUAACAUCCAGACCAUCCAGGUACAAAAUAUUCAAGGAUUGCAAGGACUCCAGGGUCUUCAGGGCUUACAAGGUUUUCCCCUGCAGAAUGUUCAAAAUCUGGCUGGCUUUCAGGCCAUCACCCAACAAGGACAGAUUAUUUCAGCCACUUCCUCGCCUUUGCAAAAUUUGGGCGUGCCAAGUUCUGUGACAGCCACAACAACUACAGCUGCAGCCGCAGCCACCUCCAGCAUGGCAGCCACCCUUGGGGGUGGUACUUCGACUCAGACCCAGGGUCAACAACUCAGUCCACCCCAAGCAAUACAGACUGUCACCACAGGCAUCAAUUCUACCCAGCAGAUCAGCACUACACAGACUACCCAAACCAUAAAUGCUACACAGAUUUUAGGCUCCCAUAGUCAUCUUCAACAGGAUCCGACAGAUCCAACAAAAUGGCAAGUGGUCCAAACCACAUCACAAGCAGCUACUCCUAUAGGUCCCUUAAGUCCUGCUGACAGUCCACAGAGCCAGCAGCAAGUCAGUGUAGAAGUUCUUCCAGCCAAACGCUUGCGAAGGGUGGCUUGUACAUGCCCCAAUUGUAGAGACAAUGAAGGAAGAAACAGUGAGAAAAAGAAGCAACACAUUUGCCAUAUUCCGGGUUGCAAUAAAGUUUAUGGAAAAACGUCACAUUUACGGGCACAUCUUCGGUGGCACACUGGAGAGAGGCCAUUUGUUUGUAAUUGGCUUUUUUGCGGCAAACGUUUCACAAGGUCAGAUGAAUUGCAACGACAUCGCAGAACACACACGGGGGAAAAGCGGUUUGCGUGUUCCGAGUGCGACAAGAGAUUCAUGCGAAGUGAUCAUCUCUCCAAACAUUACAAAACUCAUCAGAAUAAAAGGAUGAUUGCACCAACUCAUCGAAUGAUGGCCAACCCUGAUGAAGACAGUAUGGCCGAUGGCAACGUAGGGGCCAUGGAGGAAGAUUCACCUUCAAACUUCAGUGUUGCAUCACCUUCUGUUGUUGUGUCCCAGUCAUUGGCGGGACAAGGAUGA